AUGCGCCUCGCUAUCCUGUGGCUGUGGCUAUCCUGUGGCUGCCUUCUGCUGGGAUUUCCGGCUAGGAUGUGGUCUUGGGUGCGGGCACAGGACACUGGUCGACGGCUGCUCCUCUCGCAGAUGGGCAAUCCGCAGCUGGAGCUCAACACCAGACGCCUGGCGAAUGCCUCAAGUUAUCUGACCAGGAACUACAUUGCUGACCGGAUCAACACGCUGGUCGUUCGCCAGAGCUGUGUGGAGUGCUCCGAGGAGUUGACCCAUCGACAGCGACAGCUGGUCGACCAGAUCCUGGCCAGCCUGGCGCCGGAACUCAGUGUGCUGCUGCACAAGGGCACUGCGGAGGACAUCACCUGGGAGUACACACUGCUGGUGGCCAACAACCACACCACUUUCAGGGGUCAGGGCUUGAGCUUUCCCGACGAGCUGCUGGAGCGCGAGUUCUUCUGCAUCGUGGUGGUGUCGGAGAUCCAGAGUCGCCAGUUUGUUAAGCAGGCCGUUGAAUCGAUUGUGCGCUAUAAUCUGCAGAUGCAGUUCGUCAAUGUGGUGGUGCUGGCGCAACUGGAGGACGGCACGGUGGCCACCUACAGCUACAAGCUCUUCAAGGGCAACUGCAGACCGGGCAUUACGGUGCGCCAAAUCAAUCACUUCGACAGGAUCACCGGCGAGCCGCAACGGCAUAUGAGGGACUUGUAUCCGGUGCGGAAUGGCCACUUGGGCGAUUGUCCGAUCAACGUGAGCGCCACCCACCUGCCGCCGCACUUGAUCUACAAGCGGUACAGGGAUCAGGCAGCUCCACGCGGCAAUGAGUCCAUUCCGGCUGAGGAUCUGUCCGGCAUCGACUGGGAUCUGCUGCAGCUGCUGGCCAAGGUGCUGCGGUUUCGCAUCCAGCUCUAUAUGCCCCAAGAACCCAGCCAGAUCUUUGGCGAGGGCAACGUUACCGGCUGCUUCAAGCAGCUGGCAGAUGGCGUGGUGUCCAUAGCCAUUGGUGGAUUGAGUGGCUCGGACAAGCGGCGAUCGCUGUUCUCCAAGUCCACCGUGUACCACCAGAGCCACUUUGUGAUGGUGGUGCGCAGGGAUCGGUACUUGGGCCGCUUUGGACCGCUGAUCCUGCCGUUUAGCGGCAAAGUGUGGGGCGUCAUCAUCGCCAUCCUGCUGCUGGCCGUGCUGAGCACCUGUGCGCUGAGAUCCCGCUUGGCUUUGAGGCAUCCCUUGGAGAAUCUCUUUGUGGUGAUUGUGGGCAAUCCGAUACCGGAGCCACGGCUGCCGGCCAGGGGAUCCCUGCGCUACUUGGUCGCCAGCUGGAUGCUGCUCACCCUGGUGCUGCGUUGUGCCUAUCAGGCGCGACUCUUCGACGUUCUCCGCCUCUCGCGCCAUCGCCCGCUGCCGGAGGAUCUGAGUGGCUUGAUCCGGGACAACUACACCAUGGUGGCGAAUGGUUAUCAUGACUUCUAUCCGUUGGAACUCACCAGUCGCCAGCCUUUGGAUUUUGCGGCUCGAUUCGAGCGGGUUCAGCGGGCAGCGCCGGGCGAGAGGUUGACCACCAUCUCGCUGAUCAGCAACCUGGCAUUUUGGAACCACCAGCACCGGAACAUCAGCUGUCUGACCUUUGUGCGCCAGCCCAUCUACAUGUACCACCUGGUCAUCUACUUUUCCCGCCGAUACUUCCUGCGGCCAGCCGUCGAUCGCAAGAUCAAGCAGCUGCUGAGCGCCGGUGUGAUGGCCCACAUCGAGAGGCGGUAUAUGCAGUACGAGGGCAAACAGCAUGUGGCUUCUAAUGAUCCCACACUCCUGCCCAAGAUCACCAGGAGAAUAAUGAGCGGGGUGCACCGCAUCCACGCACUGGUGCUGCUCGUGGCUACUGGGAUAUUUAUCCUCGAGAUUCUGGCGAGGCGCGGAAAUGGCCGACUACGACGCUGGAUGGAGUGGAUGCAUCAGCCUUAGGAAACUCAUUUUUUUUGCUAUAUUCCUUAAAUAUAAUGAUGGGUUUGCAGUGAGUUUGAAAACAUAUAGUUGGCUGACCAACCAAAUGGUAUUAGUUUAAAGCUAGUUCUUGUUAAUGGUGAAUGCAUCUCUAGCUAAUUUGUUAAUCUUCGGGGGAAACGAUGUUCCUGCUGCUCAAUAUCCUGGGUGUCCUUUUUGUGUCCUUCGGUGUCCUUCGGUGUCUUUCGGUGAUGUUGGGAACCUAAGUGGUUGGCGCGUAAGCCAGACAUGCUGCACUUAGAUGGAUUUUUGUGCGUUGGCCGGCUGGGCUUAAAAAUUGAUUUAAGACUUGUAAUGCAGCCGCUGGAUGGUUUCCUUUUCUUUUUUUUGGGGGGGUGGGGUUUUCCAACCACCCCCGCACCCCUCGUGUAGAUGGCUGCACCACUCUUGGCCACUCGGCACCACUCUUAGCCAUGUGUGAGCAGCAGCAACUGGCCAACUGGCCGAGCGGCACGGAGCGGCACUUGAGUUAAGCUGUGCAAACGUUUGCAUAAUCACGUUCCAAUUUAAAUUGCUCUAUUUGCCGGGAUGCCAACCACCCACUCACCCACUCACCCACCCACCAUCGACCAUCCGCCAUGGUCCAUCUUUGGCCAGUGGGCGUGGCCCAUCGUUGUCGCCUCUUUCGAAUUGGAAAAUCCGAACCACUUUUAUUAGCCGUGGGUGGUAUGUAUGUACAUACAUAUGAAUGUAUGUAUGUACAUAUAUAUGUAUGAACCAUCUGUUUGCGGAGUCGGAGCAAAAAUGGGAUUCCGUUUUUACUUGCUGGCUAUCCAUCUGUGUGUCGUCCACUCCUCAAAUCACUGUUUCCACUGUUUCCACUGUAUCCACUGUUUCCUGUGUCGGUGCGUAAACAAAGGGCAACAGUUGAUAGUUUGUGUGGGCAAAAAAGAAGCCCAUCGAUUCGAUUUGCAUGGGAAUGCAUAUGGAGAGCAAGGAGGCAAGGAAUUGCAAUGUUUUGGGGAUUAGGACGAGGCGAAGACAUUCGUUGCUCCAGUUGCAGAUGGCACUAAAAAUACAAAUAUUCAUUCUUGCACCAAUUAAACGUUGCUUAUGAAAGCAAAUACUCAAAUAUUUAAGGUAUAAAGGUGCAGCUUAAAUGCAUAUCUGGUAAUCAGAGCAAGUGCAGCUUUGGCUUUGCUUAAACGGCGGACUUGGGCAAAUUGGUUGCUUAAAUUUCAUACAAGUGCUCGC